GAUUUAAAUUUAAAGACUGUGUUGUUGUUCUUUCAAAGAAAAAAUGUUUUUCAAACUAAUUUCUAUAGUAUUACAAGCCUAUAAUUUGUACUCUCAGUUUAAUCUUUGAUGGUAUUAUUUUUAAGAAUUCAGAAUCUCAAUUUGCAAAAAAUGAGAGUAUUCCAGAUUUUUUGGUUAUCGUAAAAUAAUAUGGAAAAACGCAGAAAAAUGUGAACAGGUUUUUGUAUUGAGUGGUAAAUAAUUAUUUAGAUUGUUGCCAUUCUUUUGACUACUGGGGAAACGGCACAAUGGUCACUGUCGGUUCAGGUAUGAAUUUUAACAUUAUUCUUAUAACUAACUUGUUUUUCCUUCUUAAUUAUAUAAAAUCUGACAAAGAAUUGGCACAAAAAGAAAGAACCUUGUAUUUCUUUCUCUUUAAUUUGAUUAGAAAAUAAUUAUAUAAGCAGUUAUUUAGUUGAGAGUGAUUCAAAUUAUUUCCAAAGUUAAAUUAUGUCACCAAGUAAUGCCAUAUCACAGAAGUUAGUUUUUGUGAGAGGUGUAAAAAGACUCUGUUAACUGUGAUAACUGGGCUUUUGACUACUGGGGGAAAGGUACAAUGGUUACAGUAACAUCAGCCACUUCAAGUCCACCCACUGUGUUUCCUCUGGUACCAUGUGGCACUGAGAGCGGAGAUAUGAUCACUCUUGGCUGCCUUGCCACCGGUUUUAACCCUCCUGCAGUGACUUUCUCGUGGAACAAAGGCAGCACUGCCUUGACAGACUUCAUCCAGUACCCUGCAGUACAGAAAGGCGAUGUUUAUACUGGAGUCAGUCAAGUCCGAGUGAGGAAACAGGACUGGGAUACACAACAGAAUUUCCAAUGUGUUGUGAAUCAUGCUGCUGGGAAUGCACAGACUCCUGUCAUACCUACACUGCCUCGGAUUGUCUCAGCAAACAUCACAUUGUACUCAGUCUGGGAUGGGGAAGUUGGAAUCUCAACAGUAAGGCUCAUCUGCACAUUGAGUGGCUUCUAUCCAGACAACCUGAGUUUGGGGUGGAUCCUGGAUGACCAACAGGGUCAAAUCAAUGAGGCAAGCACAAGGAAGCUACAAAGUGCAGGGGGAGAAAAGACAACCUUCAGCCUGAGCAGUGAGCUUAGGCCAAAUAUGACAUUGUGGGCAAAAGGCUCAACUUUUACCUGCAAGACCAAUGGUGAUCAAUAUAACAGAACAAUAAACAUUUGUCACACUCUUCCAAGGUCCUCUCCCUUCAUUCAAGUGGAGAUUCCCAGCUUCAAGACUGUAAUUACCUCAAAUACUGACAUGCAAGCAACGUGUUUGGUCCACACUUAUUUUGAUGCCACGAUCACCUGGCUGAUUGAUGGCAAAGCCGUGACUAAAACAGCGACCCGAGAGAAAAACGCAACUCAUAUAAUCAGCAAUCUUUCAGUUUCCUCGACUCAAUGGGAGAACAUGAAGUAUGUAACAUGCAAAGCAGAGCAUAAGUGCUUCACAUCUGCUGAGAAGACCAUAAAUAUUGCAGGUUGUCCAGUUAAUACUCCUUUGGUGGAGAUCAGGCGAUCUCUCACAGAUCUGCCGAAGAGAGACAGUGCAGUGUUCGAGUGUGACAUCAAACAACUGUCCUCAUGUGACCUCUUCAUCGCCUUAGAAGUCAAUCGUGGUGAAAUUCUUGAAAAAAAACAUUAUAAUUUUGCUGAAGGCUCAGUAGCCAAACUUUCAAUCAGUAGUCAAUUCAUUGUCCCUCAGAAGUACUGGAAGACAGACCAAACCUUUACCUGCAAAGUGAUUCAAGGCUCUUCUAAAACCUUUCACUCAAACUCCAUCAGCAAUAUUUUUGUGGACCCAUCCAUGGAGCUUCUUCUGGUUCCCAGUAAAGGUUCAGAAUCACAGACUCUUUCAUGCUCUGGAUGGAGCUUCAACCCUCACAUUAAAUGGUUGUCUGAGUCUCAGGAAAGGUCUCCAAAUUCCACUAAUAUCAGCAUGAGUGUAGAUGGACGUGUUAGAGUAACGAGUCAACUUGUAAUUGAUCAAUCUGAGUGGAAAAAAGGGAAUAAUUUCACCUGUGAAGUGUCUGACAGGUCUCUGAACUCACAUAUCACAAAAACAAUCAAUCUCUGUUCAGAAACUCCAUCAUCAUCACAGCUAGUUGAGGUUUAUGUCCAGGGACCACCGCCACAGCUGACUGAGAACAAAGGAUAUGUGACUAUUACCUGUCUUCUGGUCGGCCCUAAUCUUAAUGAUUUCGCCAUCACCUGGAGAGUAGGUGGCAGCAAUAUUCCCGAGAGUUAUGAUGUCCUAACUAAUCCCCCAGUGAGUCAUAACAAUGGAACAGAGACUCGACAGAGCUUCCUUAAUAUGUCAGCAGUGGAUUGGGAUGCACAUACAAACAUUUCUUGUGAAGGAAAACGUCCAUGUUCCAAUCAUGGGAAUGAAGACCAUAUAAGCAAAAGCAAAGUCUUCCUUGAGCCAACAGUGAAGAUAAUACAACCAACUGCCUCUGAACUUUCUAAGUCUGACAACCUAACGCUUGUUUGCCUAGUGUCUGAAUAUUUCCCUGCUAACAUCAUAGUGCACUGGGAAGAAGAUGGCCAGACUCUCCCACCCUCACAUUACGUAAACAGUCCUCCAUGGAAAUACUCAGGGAGCAGCUCUUACUCUAUGAGCAGCUGGCUAAACAUAUCCAAAACUGAAGCCAAAAGGUCUACGUAUUCCUGUGUUGUCACACAUGAGUCAUCUGAAGCGCCUGUUAAAGACAAUAUAACUGAUGUGUUUGCCUCAGUGAUCUACAGCCAGCCAUCAGUCUACUUGUUUCAGGGCUCUAAUGAACUUGUGUGCCUGGUCUUUGGCUUCAGCCCUGUAUCCAUUAACAUCACUUGGUUUCAAAAUGGAGGCACAGAACCGCUGAACUACAACACUAGUGAGCCCCACAGAGGCCCAGAUGGAAAGUUCAGUGUCAAGAGCCACCUUUACCUGUCCCAAGAAAUAUUCUUACCUGGGGUGGUCUUCACCUGCCGGGUGAUCCAUGCCAACACCACCCUGUCCCGGAAUAUAUCGAAACCAGAUACGAUGAAAUAUUGUAAUUUAUUUGACAACAUUGUGCAUGCUGAUGUGAAUGAAGACACAGCUGAGGAAAGCUGGAAUGUGGCUUUCACCCUCACUGGUUUUUUCAUCAUCGCCACCAUAUAUGGUAUCAUAGUUACAUUAUUUAAGACUAAACCAUGAUGUUCACAGGACGGUUCAUGUAUUAUGACUGAAAUGUCUAAGUUCUGGGGGGUUGAACAGCACCUGUCCUGACUAGUUUGAACAUGUAAUGCUUUGUUUUUCCAUUGUUAUUGAUGACAUUGUUUAUGCUUUACAAUUUUUGGCAUUUGUGUUUUAGUUUUGUGCUAGAUGCGACAUGUAUGUAAGACAAGUGAGAAAAUGCAUUAAAAAUCAAUAAAGAAAACAAAUAACUAA